AUGGCUCAGAUAGGCCUAAUCUCCGCUGAGCUCGCUACGGUCUGCUCGGAGAGUUUUCUCUAUGGAAUCUUCUUCGUCCUCGCUGUGGUUUCUAUGUAUCUGCUCUGGAUGCGCCAUCGAGAUCUCCGCGGUCCCUCUGGCCAUAGAGGUUUCCAUUCCGGCUCCUGGACAUCCGUCUUGGCGUUCUUGCUCGCUGUCGUCCUAAUCUUUGUCUCAACUACCUUACACUGGAUCAUCGCUGUAAUUCGUGUCUUCAAUGCGUUCGUCAACUACGAAGGGGGAACGAUGCCGAUUGCGUACUACGGAAACCUCUCUCGUCCUACAGAAGUCAUCCAAAGUGGUGCGCUCGUGUUUACCGCGGUGGUGAAUGACGCGAUGAUGAUAUAUCGUCUGUGGGUCGUGUGGUCGCAUAGAACAUCCAUUGUGAUAUUCCCGCUGUGUACUUUGCUUGGUUUGAUAGCUUGCGGUAUCGGGUUGAUAUACCAGUUUACCAGGUUCAAGGUCGGCCAGGACGUCUUCAUUUCCGCGCUAGGGCGCUGGCUGACGAGCGACGCCGUCUUCACUCUGUGCACUAACUUGUACUGCACGGUGAUGAUUGCAUGGCGCAUCUGGCGCAUCAACUCGACGCUCAAGGGCAUGAGGACUCGCAGCAGCCAUCUCAUGUCUGUGCUCGCAAUUAUCGUUGAGAGCUCUGCAUUGUACACUGUUUGGACAGUGUUCUUCCUGGCGACGUACGAGUCGGGGUCGAACCUCCAAUUUGUCAGCAUUGAGACACUUGCGAUGAUUGCUGGUAUCUCAUUUAUGCUUAUCAACGUCCGCGUCGGACUCGGCUGGGAGCAGAGGGGGCUGUCCACGGCGACCGGAUCGAAGUUUGUCGCGCGCAGUAUAUCGUCGCGCGCGCUGGACUCGUACUCGAUGCAGACGAUGGCAGUGAACAUCUCGCGCGUGGUCGAACGCGACGAUGAUGAGGAGUUCAAGUCAGCACAGUGUGAAUCGACGCAGAGCGCGAAAAUGCGGGAAGAUGGCGGUGUAUAG